AUGGCGGCGCAAUGUGCUCGUUCCGCGCUGCAGGCGGGGCGAUGUGCGCGUUCCGCGCUGCAGGCGGCGCAAUGUGCGCGUUCCGCGCUGCAGGCGGGGCGAUGUGCGCGUUCCGCGCUGCAGGCGGGGCGAUGUGCGCGUUCCGCGCUGCAGGCGGGGCGAUGUGCGCGUUCCGCGCUGCAGGCGGGGCGAUGUGCUCGUUCCGUGCUGCAGGCGGGGCGAUGUGCGCGUUCCGCGCUGCAGGCGGGGAGAUGUGCUUGUUCCGCGCUGCAGGCGGGGCAAUGUGCUUGUUCCGCGCUGCAGGCGGGGCGAUAUGCUCGUUCCGCGCUGCAGGCGGCGCGAUGUGCUCGUUCCGCGCUGCAGGCGGCGCAAUGUGCACGUUCCGCGCUGCAGGCGGGGCGAUGUGCGCGUUCCGCGCUGCAGGCGGCGCAAUGUGCUCGUUCCGCGCUGCAUGUGGCGCAAUGUGCGCGUUCCGCGCUGCAGGCGCGGCGUGUUGCUUCUUUCCUGAUUCCCGCCCUUUUCUGCCGGUUUCCCGCCUUGUACGAAGAACGUAUGACCGUGGCGCCGCCGCCCGCCUCUCAGCCAAUCACGGAUGGCCACGUGGCGGGGCAGGUGGGCAACGGCGCGGCGAGGAGAGAGGCACGAGGGAGGGAGGCGAGGGAGAUUGCCUCCACACUCACCACCUCUGCUCCCCACACUCACCAUCCCCCCCCACUUAUCACCACUCUUCACCUUCCCCCACCACCGCUCCCCUUUAUUCACCUUUCCCCACUGCUCCCCAGCACUCAUCUCUGCUCCCCUGCGCUCACCUCUGCUCCCCUGCGCUCACCUCUGCUCCCCUGCGCUCACCUCUGCUCCCCUGCGCUCACCUCUGCUCCUCUGCUCCCCUGCACUCACCUCUGCUCCCCUGCACUCACCUCUGCUCCCCUGCACUCACCUCUGCUCCCCUGCACUCACCUUUACUGUUCACCCACUUUUCACACCACCGUUUCCCCGUCCCCCACUGUUCACGCCAUUGUUUCCCCGUCCCCCACUGUUCACGCCAUUGUUUCCCCGUCCCCAAAUGUUCACACCACUGUUUCUCCGUCCCCCGUUGUUCACACCACGGUUUUUUCCCCACUGUUCACCCACCUUUUGUUCCCUCUGUUCCCUCUGUUCACCCCUCUGCCAUCCCCGCUUGCUCGCCAUGCUCCCCGCACUCACUUGCUAUGCUCCUCCCCUCCCCCCACUCACUCAUUGCCCGAAACAUCCAGCCAGCACUCAUCUCUGCUCCCCUGCGCUCACCUCUGCUCCCCUGCGCUCACCUCUGCUCCCCUGCGCUCACCUCUGCUCCCCUGCGCUCACCUCUGCUCCCCUGCGCUCACCUCUGCUCCCCUGCGCUCACCUCUGCUCCCCUGCGCUCACCUCUGCUCCCCUGCACUCAUCUCUGCUCCCCUGCGCUCACCUCUGCUCCCCUGCGGUCACCUCUGCUCCCCUGCGCUCACCUCUGCUCCCCUGCGCUCACCUCUGCUCCCCUGCGCUCACCUCUGCUCCCCUGCGCUCACCUCUGCUCCCCUGCGCUCACCUCUGCUCCCCUGCACUCACCUCUGCUCCCCUGCACUCACCUCUGCUCCCCUGCACUCACCUCUGCUCCCCUGCACUCACCUUUACUGUUCACCCACUUUUCACACCACCGUUUCCCCGUCCCCCACUGUUCAUGCCAUUGUUUCCCCGUCCCCCACUGUUCACGCCAUUGUUUCCCCGUCCCGAAAUGUUCACACCACUGUUUCUCCGUCCCCCGUUGUUCACACCACGGUUUUUUCCCCACUGUUCACCCACCUUUUGUUCCCUCUGUUCCCUCUGUUCACCCCUCUGCCAUCCCCGCUUGCUCGCCAUGCUCCCCGCACUCACUUGCUAUGCUCCCUCCCCCCACUCACUCAUUGCCCAAAACAGCCAGCCAGUACCCCUUGUUUGCUCUUCGGUGAAGGGGGUGGUGGGUGUGGUGCUCACAGAGAAGGGUGUGCAGAAAGAGGCGGUAGGGGGAAAAACAUUGAUCGGUGUGGGAGCGUGAGGUGGAGCACGUGUCCGGAGGAGAGCUGCAGCGCUUUGCCAGUUGGAGUGGUGGGGGUGCAGCUGGGAGACAGACAUCUACAUGUGUGGGAGCGUGAGGUGGAGCAUCUGUCAGGAGGCGAGCUGCAGCGGUUUGCCAUUGGAGUGGUGGCGGGGCAGCUGGGAGACAUCUACAUGUUCGAUGAGCCUUCCAGCUACCUGGACGUGCGGCAGCGAUUGAAGGCAGCGCAGGUCAUCCGCUCGCUGCUGCGCCCCGACAGAUACGUGAUUGUGGUGGAGCGUGACCUGAAUACGUCAUUGUGGUGGAGCACGAUCUCAGUGUGCUUCGACUAUCUCUCGGACUUCAUCUGCUGCCUCUACGGCAAGCCCGGUGCCUACGGGGUGGUCACGCUGCCCUUCUCCGUGCGAGAGGGCAUCAACAUCUUCCUGGCUGGCUUCGUGCCAACCGAGAACCUGCGCUUCCGAGACGAGUCGCUCACAUUCAGGGGGACGAAAACCCCGGUGGAUAAUCCUGAGGAGGGAGGCCAAGACGUACAGUCGGUUCGGUACAGGUAUUUGGGCAUGAUCAAGAAGCACGGCGGGUUCAACCUCCUCCUUCCCCUCCCUCACUCCAUUCUUUCACCCCCCUUCAUUCCAUCUCAGGUGGCUGAAACCCCGGUGGAUAAUCCUGAAGAGGCCAAGACGUACACGCGGUGGCUGAAACCCCGGUGGAUAAUCCUGAAGAAGCCAAGACGUACACGCGCUACAAUCGAUAACCCUGAAGAGGCCAAGACGUACACGCGCUACAAGUACCCGCGCAUGGUCAAGAAGCAGGGCGGAUUCAAGCUGACGGUGGAACCUGGUGACUUCACGGACUCACAGAUCGUGGUGAUGCUGGGGGAGAACGGCACCGGCAAGACCACCUUUAUCCGCAUGCUGGUAGGGAAGCUGUCUCUCAUGGCUUGCACGUCUCUUUGGCUCUCUCUCCUCCCUGUCCCUUCCAUGAUCCAUCUUCCAUCCCUCCUCUCUCCCUUCCAGGCGGCUCUCUCAAGGCCGGACCCAGAUGAGGAAACCGGCAAGGAGGCCCAAGAUCCAGACGAGGAGACCGGGAAAGAAGCUGAGGACCUCCCGGAGUUCAACGUGUCGUUCAAGCCGCAGAAGAUCAGCCGCAAGUUCCCCCUCUCAUACCCUCUCGCUGACCCGGACGAGGAGACCGGCAAGGAGGCCGAGGACCUCCCGGAGUUCAACGUGUCGUACAAGCCGCAGAAGAUCUCCCCCAAGUUCCCCCACAGCGUGCGCGCGCUGCUGCACUCCAAGAUCCGAGACUCGUUCCACCACCCAGCAGUUCAACACCGACGUGCUGCGCCCCAUGCAGAUCGACCCGCUCCUGGACCAGGAGGUGGUGAAUUUGUCGGGUGGUCUGAGGCGGUUUUGGGGCGGUUUUGGGGUGGUUUGGGGGCGGUUUUGGGGUGGUUUUGGGGCGGUUUUGGGACGGUUUUGGGGCGGCUCAGAAGUUGUCUCAUGCAGAUCGACCCCCUGCUCGACCAGGAGGUGGUGAAUUUGUCAGGAGGAGAGCUGCAGCGCGUGGCUAUUUCCCUCUGCCUUGGGAAGCCUGCCGACAUCUACCUCAUAGACGAGCCCUCGGCCUAUCUGGAUUCGGAGCAGCGCAUCGUGGCAGCCAAGCCUGCCGACAUCUACCUGAUUGAUGAACCCUCAGCCUACUUGGAUUCAGAGCAGCGCAUUGUGGCGGCCAAGGUGAUCAAGCGCUUCAUCCUGCACGCCAAGAAGACGGCGUUUGUGGUGGAGCACGACUUCAUCAUGGCCACGUACCUGGCGGACCGCGUCAUCGUGUACGAGGGGCAGCCGUCGGUGGACUGCACGGCGCGCACGCCCCAGUCGCUCAACAGCGGCAUGAACCUCUUCCUCUCGCAACUGGACAUCACGUUCCGGCGCGACCCCACCAACUUUCGGCCGCGCAUCAACAAGAUGGAUUCUGUCAAGGACCGCGAGCAGAAGAAUGCCGGCACCUACUACUACCUGGACGACUGA